AGUAUAAAUACCCAAAUUCAAAUUUUCCUCACCUAAACAUUGAAAUGGUGACAUUAGUGGUGGCGACGACGACGGAUCCGGCGUCGAAUGGCCCGGCAACGGCGCUGCUAUCGAUGCCGGGUUGGACUCCCGGGCCCAAUCUCGACGGGGUCAUUAGAAGCUUCAUUUGUGGCCACCUCAGAUUGCUCCAACACGACAAGGGAAUCGUCGAAGAGGACGACUUGGAUCUUCGCUGGGAAAAGGCCACCGCCGAGGCCGUCGAUGAGGUCAUCUUCCUCAGUAAACACACCGCCGUCUCUAACCGCCCCGCCCUCACCAUUCACCCCAUCGGAGUUCCCCAUUUGAAAGAGGGCGAUGUUCCGCCGCAAGGAGGGAGACCAGGGUGGGCGGCGCCGCCAAAUCCUAGGAUGGGUCCUUGGUUGAUUCUCUUGAAGAAGAUUGCUCAGUCUCAUAAUCUGAUUCCUGAGUUUGAGAUUACUCUGGAGGCUACUCAUCAUGGACCUAUCACUACCAAGCCCACAAUGUUUAUUGAAAUAGGGAGUACGGAGGAGUACUGGAAGAGGCAGGAUGCUGCUCGUGUUGUUGCUUUACUAAUUUGGGAAGGACAUGGGCUAGGCGAAGGUUCUGCUAUUGGCACUUGGGACGGAUGCACAACGCCAAAGAAUAAAGUUCUUCUCGGACUUGGUGGAGGGCAUUAUGUUCCCAGGCAUAUGGACAUUAUCCAGAAAGACGGUUGUUGGGUGGGUCAUCUCCUGUCGGGGUAUUCCUUGCCGAUGGAAGAUCCUGGGCAGUCGAAAGUGAAGGCAGAAGAGAUCGGAGGCACUUGGCGACAAGCGAUAAAAGCAGCUUUUGACGCCACGAGGGAAGCUUUCCCUGGCGGUGAAAUUUUGGCUCAUCUUGAUCAGAAGAGCUUCAAGGGGUGGCAGAAGAACGCCAUCACCGAGUACUUAGCUUCACAAAACAUUAAGGUGGGGAAGCCGAGUGACUUCUGCUGAUUGUGCGGCCACCAAAGUAAAUUUUGAUGUAGUAUACCGGGAACGUAUUCAUUCCCUUUUCUAUAUUUGGUUUCCAAGCUACAAUAUUACUUCGGUUUAAG